GUCAUAAUUAUGGCCUUGGUGUCAUCUUUCCCACUUAAUACCCUUCCCCUCUCUCUCUCUCUCUCUCUCUCUCUCUCAUAGCACCAUGGCCACCAUGGGAGUAGAUGGGAAGGAUUUCUAUAGAGCGAAAGUUGACUUUGACGAAACAAAAGCUGGAGUGAAAGGAGUGUUAGACUCAGGUGUGCUGAAAAUCCCGGAGAUUUUCGUCCACCCACCGGAGAAUGUGUCUCUGGGGACAUUAUGUGAUAUGAAUCUUAAAGUUCCGGUGAUAGAUUUUGAAAGAGUCGAAGAAGGUGGAAAACGAGGUGAAAUUGUUGGUGAGAUAAAGGAAGCAGCGGCGAAUUGGGGGAUUUUGCAGAUGGUCAACCAUGGGAUAGGGAGUGGUGUUAUGGAAGAGAUGAUAGAAGGUAUCCGAAGGUUUCAUGAGCAACCACCGGAGGUGAAGAUGGAGUGGUACUCACGUGAGCAUGACCAAAAAGUGAAGUAUUAUUCAAAUGGAGAUCUUUAUGUCUCAAAAGCAGUAAACUGGAGAGACUCCAUAUCUUGUCACUAUGCUGAUGGCGUACUUGAUCCUAAUGCAUUGCCACACGCUUUCAGCGGAGCAAUAAAGAAGUACAUGGAAGAGAUGAUGAAGCUAAAAAACACAGUAGCGGAGCUCCUAUCAGAGGCUUUGGGCCUUGAGACAGACUACCUAACACGCAUCGAGUGUAUGAAAACCAUAACUCUCGUCUGUCAUUACUACCCCUCAUGCCCUGAGCCAAACCUAACUCUAGGAGCCACUAAACACUCAGACCCAUCUUUCCUCACCAUUCUCCUUCAGGACACUAUCGGUGGUCUCCAGGUUCUCCAAAAAAACCAAUGGGUAGAUGUGGAACCAAUCAAAGGGGCACUCAUACUCAACAUCGGAGAUCUCAUGCAACUCAUCACAAAUGAUAAAUUCAAAAGCGUUCAACACAGAGUACGGGCCGCACGAAUCGGGCCGAGAAUAUCCGCCGCCUGUUUUUUCUAUCCAAGCAUUGCUAAUAACUAUAAGCCGUAUGGGCCCAUAAAGAAGCUUCUACAAGAAACGGGCCCACCUAUAUACCGUGAAACCAGCCAUAAAGAAUAUAUGGCUUACUACAAAGAAAAAGGACUGGAUGGUACCUCAUCUCUUCCUUUCUUCAAGCUCUCUGUAGCAACGGGAUUGUAA